UGCCUUUCACAUUUCAGUAGUUUCCGUUAAUGCGUUCGCCACGUCGACUUAGCUCCUUCUUUUUUUUCCUCCUGUCGCGCUGACGCGUAAUUACUAUUAAAAUAUGAGAGCCUAAACGAACCGAAAGGAAACAACUGAGCUAAAAACAGCGGAAAAGCGCCGGAAAAUAAGCAAACAAAAAUUUCGAACAGAACGUCUUAGUGGUUCGUGUGUUUUUCUUUAUUUUUGUGUGUGUGGGUGUUUUUUUUUUUGAGUGACUACAGCAACAAGAUGCCGCUGUAUUCGGAUUCGACCAACUAUUACUACAGUGGCGGCAGCAGCCAACUGUAUUCGCCGUACUAUAGUUCCGGUUUGGGCCUGAACUUGGGCCUGGGCUCGGGCUCUUCCCCCGGAUCGAGCUAUACGUCCAGCUACAAUCGCUCCUAUCCGGCCAGCUAUAUGGUGCCUCUGAGUCCCAGUUCGCCGCGAUCGCCGAGUAGCUAUUCGAGCGGCACUUCCUCAGCGAGCAGCUCCCUCCAUGGCUUGGGUUCCAGAUACCAACCCAAGUUGACUACGAUUACGGAGACGGGCAGGCACAGUGGUCACAGCAGCCUGAUGCCCCUGACCCGCAUCAAUUCACCCAAGUACAGUACAGCCCCGAGUUAUAGUUCCUCAAGCGGCGCCAGUAGUAGAUACAUACCGGCAAGACCUAUAGCUAUAAAUACAGCCGAUAUCGAUGUGAGUUCUUCCAGAUAUCGCAGGGUUAUCCCGGAAAAAGAGCCGACAGUCAAGGAGGAGGUGGUGGCUAAGCGGAAGGAGAAGGAGGAAGAGAAGGAGGAAGAGAAGGCGGAAAAGAAGGAGGAACCCAAGGCCCCCAAGGAAACAGAUCCUAGAUCCAAUCGCAGAUCCACCAUCAAACGAAAUCGCCCUGUGGUCCGACUCUCCACCAUACGCAGACGCAGCAAGGAACGCAGUGCCGAGAGUCCCAAAAAGGAGCCACAGCUGGUGGUGGAACAUCAGUUCAGGGAUCUGCCCCCAGCCACCGAGCCCAGUUUGAGUUGGCGCCAAAAACUGGCCGAGGAACUGGCCGCCUUUCCCACCACCAGCAACAAAAAGUCACCAGGAGAGCUGCUACGUGAGCGAUUCUACAUACGAGACGAGAAGGAGGAGGCGGCGCCCAGUCUCAAUCAGGCCAGAGUCCAAGAACUAACUAGGCCACAAAGUGCUCAGAGGACUGAGAGCCGGGAACAAAAGAGUUCUCCGGGCGAAAGGGAAGAGGAAAAGGAUAAGGACCUGGAAAAGGAGGAAUCGGAUCUCGAGGAAAUGCAGGAGACCAUUCGCCGCCUGAGCCUCGUGCAGUGCCCCACAUUUCAUGACAUUUGCGAGGAUAUUUCAUCCGAUAAGAUCGAUGAUGAUCUGAAUGCCGGCGAGCUGCGACGCCGGGCCUCGAUUAUCCAGGAACAGGAGCAGGAAAUCCUAAACAAGCUGCAGAAAUCGAACUCGGGCAGCUUCCAGCUGAUCCACCUGGAGCGGCGGUCCAGUCACGAUAGCACCACCACCAACGAUGAGGAUCUCAAGGAGCGGUCGAAGCGGCGAUCGAAGAAGAGCAAGAAGCAGCGGCACAAGAUCACCGCCAUUGUGGAGGUGGAAAAUGCACCACAGGCUCAGCCAGUGGAUCAUCAUAUGCCCAGUGUCUUGGAGUUGAACGAGGAGAACCUAUUGGUGCAGCCCUUGGUUUCGAUUUCCGGUUCAGGUUCGAGCUCCACCCCGAGUCCCAGUCCCAAGCCAAAGUUCACCGUGAAUGUGGAGACGGUGGAGGAGCAUCAUCAGAUACACAAGGUGUUCAAGUUGCCCAAGAAAAAGACAGUGCCCAAGGAGGAUGGGCAGGUGGAGGAAAAGGACGAGUCGUCGUCGUCGUCUCUGCCCGAAGGAUUCAUGAAGGCAGCGCCCAAAACAACCAAGACAUCGCCUUUGAAGAAGGCCAGUAAGCAGCAGAAACAGCACGUGAGUGAGGCACAAAUUUUCACCUUCGAUGAGGCAGCCAUACAGCAGAAUCAGCAGCAAUCACAGCCCAAAACCGAGGCCAAGGUCGAGGGCGUGGCCACACCCAAACCCAUUCGCAAGGCUAUACAAAAAUCCGAGAGCGGCGAGGACUUUUGGUCGCAAAUCGGUUCGCGGGAAACGCUGUACAUGAGCAAUCGCAAGAAGGUCUUCAACGAGCGACAGGAGCAGCUGCUGGAGGAAGAAGUGCCCAAGUCACCAACCACGAAGACACCAACGACACCGAAACUCAAGUCGGAAAUUCUCAUCGAGCUGAAGACAACACCUUCGAACGUGACAACUGCUGGUAAAUCGUCCAUACCAAAGCUAUCUUCAAUACCACUAACUCCAACGAUUGUGAGAACCAACCAAGUGGAAGGACAGAAAGCAGAAGCAAGCAAAAUACCAACAAAAACCAAGGCUAUAAUAACACCAACACCUGAAGUAGACGCUUCAACAACCGAUGAUAUUAAAUCCAAGUCAACAAUGCCUAAGAAAGACUUGCCAAAAUUAAUAACAACAGAGGAAGCCAAGUCAACAAUGACAGCCAAAACGACAGCUGCAACACCCACAAAAGAAUCACCAAAAACACCACAAAAUAAAGUGAAAACAUCACCCAAAGCUGAAGAGGCGACUGUGCUACUGAAAACGGAUACACCAACAAGAAUAGCAGCAACACCACAAACAAAACCAGAUACACCAACAAAGGAUUCAACACCACAAAUCAAAGUGGAGAAACCAACGAAAGAAUCACCAACAACGAAGGCAGCAACACCAAUCAAGGAUUCACCAACACCACCACAAACAAAGGAUUUACAAACAAAAAAGGCUGUUACACCAACAACUCCACAAGUAAAUGUCGAAACUCCCACCAAAGAUUCACCAACAAAAAAGAUUGCUACACCAACAACACCACAAAUAAAAGUCGCAACACCCACAAAAGAUUCUCCAACAAACAAGGUUACUACACCAACCACACCACAAGCGAAGGCAGCUGAAUCAACAACGCUAUCAAAAGUUGACACACCAGCAACAUCACAAAUCAAAGCAGCAACAGCACAAACAAAAACUGACACACCAGCAACAACAGAAAUCAAGGCAGCAACACCACAAAAGACACCACAACUUAAGCCAGCCGCAGAUGAGGCCAAGUCAACAACACCAGCAACAACUGUUGCUCAGGCAGGAAAAACAAUAUCACCCAAGGGGGUGAGCAAGCAAUCUGGCAACGCCGUAGCCAUGACAACAGCAACACCAACAGCAACAUCAACAUCAACAGCAGCAACAGGCAAAUCAAAAUUGAACGAAACAGCAGGGCCAAAAAUAAAUAGCGGGCAGCCGGCCAAGUCACCUGAACAACAACAGGCAACGGCAGCCGCAGUCGAAACGAAAAUAAAUAAAACAACGCACAAGGAACAACAGCAGCAGCAGCAGCAGCAACUGCUCGAGACGGCAGCAACAUUGGUGCCACAAACGGAAACCAAAACGAAAUUGACGGAAGCCGCUGAGCCAACGGGCAAGUCAAAGGUGCAAUCACCGAAAACGACAAAGCCAAAAAGUGCCGGCAAAACAAAUGUUGGCAAAAAGAAAGCUGCAACGCCAGCAGCAACAGCGCCAGCGGCAGCAGCAACAGCAACAGCAGCAACAGAAACUGUAACAGCUUUGUCUGAGAGCAAUGUGACCCCAAUCAAUGCCGAUCAAUUUAUAACUUUGGCCCCCACAAAGGCGGCCAAAACAUCGCCGAACAAGCAACAGACAUUGCAAUUGCAAGUGCAACACGAGCAGCACGAGCAGCAGCAGCAGCAACAGGCCACAAAUGCGUCAUCGCCGGCGGCAACAGGCGAUGCAACCACAACGCCCACAACAAUAACAAUUGGUGUUGCUGCUGUUAAUGUUGCUGUUGCUGUUGGUACUCUUGGUGUUGCUCCCACCGAUGCUGCUGCUGCUGCCUCUCUCAGCAGCAGCAACAACAGCUGCGGCGAAGGCGUCGGCAAUAAUUUAUCAAAGUUUGCAACAGUAUCGAAUUUGGCACAGUGUCUGCGAGACGUUGAUGCCGAGCUAGAGGACUAUAUACCCUCGUCGGCGGAAAAUAGCCAAGACGACGACGACGACGACGACAGCAGCAGCAACAGUUGCGACGAUUAUUCCAGUGUUGACGGUUGUGCGAAUUUAAGCGCCAGCAUGAAGAAGAAGCAGCGCAAGGAGAAGAAGAAACAGAAGGCGAAAGCCGCCGCCGCCGAAGGAAAGCGCUUCGAUCCGCACAAGAAGAUCAAAAUCGAUACGACGAACAAGUGUUAUGUGAAGGAGGAGGCGCCACGCUAUCCACUGGUGGCCACGCCGCGUCCCCUGUGGAAGCGCGAGAAGAUCGUCUAUUCGGAUGAGAACACCGACGAUGAGAGCGGCAGCGAGGAGGGCAGCGGCGGCUCCCUGGACGAGGACAGCGACGACGAGAGCGGCGGCGACGAGGAGUGCAGCUCCUCGAGCAGCAGCGCCAGUUCCGAGGACCUCGAGGUGGGUGGCGCCGCCAAGGGUGGGGCGGGAACCACCACCACAACGGUCGUCGAUUCACCCAGUUCGGCCGGAACUCUGGGGGUGAACAGCGGAGGGGGCGCCUCCACCUCCAGCUCGCCGUCCAUCAUCCGGAUGAGCACCUGCAGCAACGAUUCCGGGUUCGAAGGCGGCACCGCGCCCUCCAGUCCCAAGAAGAUGUUAGAAACAUCAUAUACAUAUUCACAAUUCCAAAAAUCCGGACGUUUCACUGCGCCAGCAACAGUAAUACCUAGAUUUAAGAAUUAUUCGGUAGAUGAUUUCCACUUUCUGGCCGUUCUUGGCAAAGGAAGUUUUGGCAAGGUUCUGCUGGCUGAGCUGCGUGAUACCACGUACUACUAUGCCAUCAAGUGCCUGAAGAAGGAUGUCGUCCUGGAGGACGACGAUGUGGACUCGACGCUUAUUGAACGCAAGGUCCUGGCGCUGGGCACCAAACAUCCCUAUCUGUGUCAUCUGUUUUGCACCUUCCAAACGGAGAGCCACUUGUUCUUUGUGAUGGAGUAUCUAAAUGGCGGUGAUCUCAUGUUCCACAUCCAGGAGAGCGGUCGCUUUUCCGAGGAGCGGGCCAGAUUCUAUGGAGCCGAAAUAAUCUCGGGCCUCAAGUUCCUGCACAAAAAGGGCAUUAUCUAUAGGGAUCUCAAACUGGAUAAUGUCCUGCUGGACUACGAGGGACAUGUGCGAAUUGCCGACUUUGGCAUGUGCAAAUUGCAAAUCUAUUUGGACAAGACGGCCGAUAGCUUUUGCGGCACACCCGAUUAUAUGGCGCCCGAAAUCAUAAAGGGUGAAAAGUACAAUCAGAAUGUGGAUUGGUGGUCGUUCGGUGUGCUGCUCUACGAAAUGCUGAUCGGACAGUCACCAUUCAGUGGCUGCGAUGAGGACGAGCUCUUCUGGUCCAUUUGCAAUGAAAUUCCAUGGUUCCCAGUCUAUAUAUCCGCCGAGGCCACCGGAAUACUCAAGGGGUUGCUGGAGAAGGACUAUACGAAGCGUAUUGGCUCGCAAUAUAGUCCAGCUGGUGAUAUAGCUGAUCAUAUAUUCUUCCGCCCGAUCGACUGGGGAUUACUGGAAAAGCGGCAAAUCGAACCGCCCUUCAAGCCCCAAGUGAAACACCCCCUGGAUACGCAAUAUUUCGACCGGGUCUUUACCAGGGAGCGGGUGCGACUCACCCCCAUCGAUAAGGAGAUACUAGCCUCCAUGGACCAGAAGCAGUUCCACGGCUUCACCUACACAAAUCCUCACAUCACCCUGGACUAAAUCUUAAUUAAUACUAUCCUAAUUAAUUAUUUAGAGCAACAGUAUUUGUAUAUGUAAAUAUUUAUUAUGGAACAAAAAAAAAACAAAGAUUAACAAACGAAUAUGGAAAAGGAAAUCGAAAUUUUAAUACCUUUUAGCUAAGCCUUAAAACCCACUUAAAAAUUUGAGCGUAAUUCUAGUCAGUUAGCUUUACUUCUAUGUCUAAGUCUAAUUGUACAGAUAUCCCUCCUCAUAUUUACCUAUAUACUAUAUACCUAUGCAUAUAUAUCUUUUUUUUUCGCAAAUUAUAUUUGUUCUGAAUUUUAGCGGCUAAGCAAAAAGUCUACGUCUAUGAGAAAUAAAAAACUAAGAAAUUUAAAAAAAUAA